AUGAUCAUCAUCGCGGCGUUGGCGGUAAGCGCCUUCUCCGUAUCAUCCCCAAGUCACGAGGUGUCCUCGGGUACCGCACCAGGGCGAAAUGAUUCCUUCGCGGACAAGGUGUUCCUGUUCGCGACCACGGUCGGUACCGGGGACCCCUCCCCUACCCCGCCGCUGUCGCGCCUCCCGUCGGCCGAGGAAAACCCCCCCGUAUUACCACCGACCAUCAUCCCGCCCCUGUGGCGCGUGGAGGAUGCGGCGGCUGCUGCGGCCGAAGAGCAACAGCGGCCGCGCGAAAGCUGGCUGAAGAGCAUCGUCGCCACCAUCAUGGUGGCCGUUCGCUUCCUGGUUGGCCCCAACGGCCAGAGGACGAGGCAGGGAUGCCGGGGCGACGACGACGACGACGACAACCACGCCCCCGCCCAACGCGCUACGUGGCGGGAGCGAGCCGCAGCUGCCGCUCGUAGGUUUCUGCGCUCAGCGAGAAACAAGAUCAAAAACGCCAAGGACCGCCUCCUCGCCAUGUUCGACAUCUCCGUCGCGAAGAGAACCGCUCGACUGUUGGACCUGGCGCGCAAGAUCAACGUGCAGGACAUGCCGCGCCGAGCGGGGUUCAGACGCCAAGGCAGCGAUGAGCUCUUUGAGGUCGAUCGUAGCCGCCUGGGAGUGAGCGAUGCCGUCGCCGCCGCUGUGAAGGAGAUUUGCACCAAGUUGGCGGCGGUAUUCCCUGUCAUCGGGUAUAACCAGGGCUUCGACGCCUCCUGUAAGGCGAUCUUCAUCUGUGUGGGCGGAAACCUGGGUGUGGCCGCCGCCGUUUUCACCAAGUGGGCCGUUCCCUUGGCCUGGAUGAUGAUGAACCCAUACAGGCACGGCCAGCUCGGCAUCAACACUGCCAUGCGAUACACCUGGUCGGUGAUCAAAAUGCACGCCGCUCCGGUGUCCGGAUGGCUGUGCCGCGACCCGAUCGUUGGCUGCGACGAGGACAACGAGAUGGCGGACACGAUUCUCGCACACAUCUUCAUGGAGCCGCUCUCGACCUUCUGCUCCAGGCUGGGCCUCCCCCAGUGUGUCAUCAACGACAUCGUCGAGGAGACGAUGCGGGCUGGCGUUCACGGCCCGGCGGUCACGAUAUUCGUUGUUAUGUCUCUUCUCUGCUUGGCGGAGAAGCAGGGGGCGGAGGACGCCGACGUGGUGGUGAUGGUGAAGGUCCCCCUGAUGGCCGCAGCAAGCAGCGUGAAGUCCUUCCAGGACAUCUUGGAGCACGCCCCGGUGUCGCUCGAGCACUUCUUGACUGGGUACCGAGCCGCAAUGGUCGGAGUACCGGCGUGCAACGACUGCGUAGAGCCGGUAUAGAGCAUCUCCGUCCUUUUUUUGUGGUAAACAUUUGACCAGCAGGUGUUGCAAGCGGUACAGCGUAGAGUGCACUAAGAUGCGAGCUGUUUGCAUCAGCUCGCGUGGCGAUAACAACAUGUUCUUGUAUUCUGUAACGGUUGUAGAAUGGGCCUUUAGUUUUAUGGAUCAUUGUGCCUCAGCCCUUCUCGAGACAUAGUCUCUGGUGUGUGUGUCGAUCGCUCGGGGUCGUACGUGUAUCGUGUCUUGCUUGGUCCAGUCGAAACCAUCUAGUGUCCUCGCGGCUGCGCUGAGUGUACCUGUUGUGCACCCUUGUUGCACGUUGUGUUGAAAGACAUUGGGAAUAAGUUGUUGGUUUGUGUUCGUGCUUGACCGUCCCAGUACAUGUGAACCGAAGCAUUUCUUGCAACGUGCAUACGAUUAAUUGUGCAUUGGUUCCGGAGGUAUAUUGCUGUGGUACGUAGGAGUCACGAGAGGUGUGUAUUUGAGGUGGGCUGUUUUUCGUUGUGUAGUCUAUCCCGGUGCACAUCUCAGUCUCGUCAUAAAUAGCCGUUGCCCCCUCGUUUGGGUUAGGGCCUGCCCUUGCGUCAGACAUGCCGCAUUCUUUUCGUUCGACCCGUGCUGUUACUUGUUGGUGAGGCGGGAUAUUCGUGCAACUU